AUGUACAUCAAGAACAAUAAUGGUUCAAGUACCCGUUCUGUUACACUCAAUAAGGGCUCCAUUGAUGUCCUGUUGCUUGAAAGCUUUUCCCAGCUUCCAGUCGACAUUCACAUAUCGCAACCUCUAAUUUUAUCGUCCGUAGAUGUCGGCACCAUCGGAGAAGGACGAGUGCCCGAGAACCUGAUUCCAUACGACACUUGA